AUGGAUCCCUUGACUGCAGAAGAAGUGGUUUCUGCCGAUGUCAUAUCCUCUUUGAAGCUCUCGGAGGAUGGCUCGCGCGUGGUAUAUUGCGUCAGCCCUCAUUACAAGACGGGAGACAACUCGGUUUCCGCCCUCUGGAUUGCAGACACCUCCAAGGAUAACAGUGCGCGGAAGCUCACAUCCGGAGCAGCACACGAUCACUCUCCCUGCUUCCAUCCCCGAUUGUCAGAGAUCUAUUUCCUCUCUGAUCGAGCCAAGGCGGGAGAUGCAUCGCACAUCUACAAGCUUGCGGGCGAUGCUACGAUGGAGUCAGAGCCUGAGCGGGUCGGCGCUCUCCAUGUCGAACAAUCGGUGUUAUCUUUUUCGAUCUGUUCUGAUGGGAAGUACAUCGCGUUCAUCGGCCCACGGCACCAUGAGACUCAUGAAGCCAAUGACAAGCCUGUUGGUGAAAUAUGGAGGAAGAAUGCUAACUUUGACGGCUUGUUCCUGCUUGAUCUGCAAGACCCCAAGAAACCCAUCCGAUCACUAUUACCCAGUGGUAUACAUGUCUUUGCCUUUUCGUGGAGUGCUGGUAGCACUUCUAUCGUCUAUCGCUCGACGCCUCAUGCAGAUGCCGAGAGCAUGAGCCGAGAUCCGACGACCGAAGCAGUGGUUUCAAUCAUGGAGGCCGAGUCCAACAUUCACCAUGUUUACCAGCACGUCCGAAUGCCAGCGAGUGCAACGGUAUGGAGAGAGAGGGGAGACCUCGUGUUCCUUCAAAAUGCAACGCAGUCUGUCUACAUUUCCGCAUUUUCGCUCUGGACGCGGUCAUUAGACGAGCCAGACCCCAAGCGACUUGCGUACGGAGAGGCAGAUGAGGCACUUAAUAUUUUAAAGCUAGGUGGAGACCAUUACGCUGUCACUGUGGCCGCGGGUUUGCAAACCAGGAUCGAUGUCUUCGACUCUGUGCACUCCAGCUUCACCGCGUACGAGACGUCAGACGGUCUCUCGGAUCUCGACAUAAAGCGCGUCCAGGAAAGUCGUUACGCAUUCGCAGUACUUCGCAGCUCCGCUGUCGCUGGGGAGCCUCCGGAGAUUUGGUUCGCUGAGACAGAGAUUGGCAAGCGCGGCCUCGUCAGCAGAAAGCUGAGCUCGCAUAACAGCUGGCUCUUUCCGGACAGAGCACCGAUCAGCCGGGCCUUCUAUUGGCAAAGCUCUGACGGAGAACGAGUCGAGGGUGUGAUCUCUCAUCCGAGAGGCGUGGAGGCGAGGAAUUUGCCUACCGUUGUCGUGCCGCAUGGAGGGCCCACUACACGCGAUACGCUGGAAUUAUCAUUCCAGGACUGGAGCUGGCGUCACUUCUUGGCCUCUCAUGGAUACUUGGUGCUGUCUCCCAACUACCGUGGUAGUAUUGGCCGAGGCGACGCCUUCGAAAAGCCAGCCAAUGGAAAGGUCGGCACCCUGGACUGGGAAGACAUCCGAACGAUGAUCGAGGAAGGGAUCUCUCAAGGCAUGGUUGACGCCAGUAGAGUCGGCAUUGCGGGUUUCAGCCAGGGCGGAUACCUCGCUGCGUGGGGAUGCACUCGUCCCAACAGUAUAUUCAAGACGGCUGUCAUAGGCGCAGGCGUAGCAGAUUGGGGCAUGUUGGCAGCCACGUCUGACCUGCCCGACAUAGUGGCAGCUCUGGGCGGCGGUGCCCCUUGGACGCCUGGCGAACCGACGUACCUUCGAGGAAGCCCAAUUAGGGAUUGCAGGAACGUACGGAUCCCUCUGCUUCUGUUUCACGGUAAAGACGACACACGCAUCCCUGUAACGCAGUCGAUUGCGUUCUUGCGAGGAGUCGAACGAGAAGCGAUCGGUUGCCCAAAGCCGGAGCUCGUGAUAUACCCAGGGGAGGAGCAUACCUUUCGGGGGCGGCGAAAUGCAGAGGAUGUUUUGAAACGGCUGUUGCAUCAUCUUGACACGUUUCUUUAG